AUGACCGCCGCGGCCCAGUUAUCUGACUUGCCGCCAACCAAGUUCAAGAGAGAACUCGAGUACAAGACUCAGGCCUCGGCCGCAUCCGAGCCGGUGUUGAUCAAUCAGUCCAGCGAUCUGAAGAACUCCCUAUUCGAGGGUCAGGCCGGCGAGGAAAUAUUCAUACUAUCAAUCUGA